AUGAAGUACCACAGCCUGGGAUCUCUUGCCAUCUUGGCGGCAUCUCAACUUGCUAUUGCAAAGGAGAUUGCCAACCCGGCCAAGCAAGAAAUAUACGAGAGUGGGCAGAUUCAUGAGACUAUCAUGAGCAAGAAACAUGCCCUGUGGGACUCUCGUCGGGCCCAGGGAGUCUAUGACUCCACUCAGUACAAGAGCUACAGCGCCGAAGCUGGUCCUGUGCUUUGCCAAGAUGGUGUAGCUGCUGUCAUUCCGGGUGAUGCUAACAACACCUUCCGCUGCAACGCCAUCGACUUUUACGACUUCAAGAGCCACGCAGACCUAGGAUCAAACGGUGGAGAGGGCUCCUCUUCCUGGGGAUGGACCAGCCCGGAGGGCAGGGAGUUUGUUGCCGUGGCACAAAGUGACGGUGCUGCCUUCGCAGAGAUUAACAAGGACGGCAAGCUGAUUUACCUUGGACGCCUGCCCCAAUACACUACGGCAGAGCCUUCUCUCUGGAGGGAGAUCCGGGGAUACAAGAACUACAUCGUCAUCGGCUCCGAGGCUUACUACCAUGGAGUACAGAUCUUCGACAUGUCGAAGCUUCUGGAGGUUGACCCAGCAAGCCCUAAGGUCUUUAACAACAAGGAGGACCUUACCGGCCACUUCAACGAACUCCCAGUUGGACGCACCCACAAUGUCGUCGUUAACGAGGAGAUGCAGUACGCAGUUGCCGUCGGUGCCCAGCCGCGAAACAGCAGCUGCAAGUCCGGUCUCAUCUUCAUUGACUUGACGGACCCCAGUGCCCCCUUCUCCCCUGGCUGCGCUGGCGGCGACGGCUAUGUCCACGAUGCUCAAUGCCUUGUCUACCGUGGACCUGACGAGAAGUACAACGAGCGUGAAGUGUGCUAUGGCUACAAUGAAGACACGCUCACUAUCUUCGACGUCACCGACAAGAACUCAACCACCAUCAUCUCGCGUACCAGCUACGAGGGUGCAUCUUACACACACCAGGGAUGGGUUCUGGACAAGCAAUGGCAGGAGUAUCUCGUUCUCGACGACGAAUAUGAUGAGGUCGACGAGGCCGGUGAGGGAGCUGCGGGUUACCCCGUCAGCUACUUCUGGGACAUCAAAUCGCUUGAGGCUCCCAAGCUUACCGGUCUGUACCGUAGCUCCACUAAGGGCAUCGACCACAACCAGUUUGUCAUCGACGGCUUCGCAUACCAGAGCAACUACGGUACCGGUCUCCGUAUUCUGGACGUCUCAUCCAUCCCACAGGAUCCCACUGGCGCCGGUGUCAAAGAGGUUGGCUUCUUUGAUAUCUACCCUGAAGACGACGACGCCGAGGAUGGCGGUAUCGUCGAGUUCUCGGGUACUUGGUCUCACUACCCCUACUUCAAGAGUGGGUACAUCCUCGUCAACACCAUGGAGAGAGGCGCGUUCGUCGUAAAGCGAAGCAGCAUCUAA